AUGAGCCAAACGUACAUGCAGUCUAAGCCUGAUAUCUCUGUCAAAGCCGAAGAGGAUGAGUCAAGUACUCACUUUGUCGUGCAUUGGAGCGAACCACAAGAUGAAGAUCCCGAGAAUCCAAUGGCCUGGUCAUCUCUGGUGAAAUGGACUCAUAUCCUAACGAUCUCGGUCAUCAGCUUCUUGGUGCCGCUUGUGUCCGCGAUGCUCGCGCCGGCUGUUCCCCUCAUAAUGGCAGAGUUCAAAACCAACUCUGACACGUUCGCUACCUUUGUGGUAUCAAUCUUCGUAUUAGGCUUUGCAUGUGGAACACUUUUCUUGUCUCCGUUAAGUGAGCUAUACGGCCGGAUGUUGAUCUACAACGUGUCGAACGUAGUUUUCAUGCUGGCUACGAUGAUGUCCGGCUUUUCGAAAAACGAGAGCAUGCUGUUGUUUCUUCGAUUCUUGUCUGGAUUCGCUGGCGUGGCUACAAUAACGAUUGGCUCGGGCAGCAUUGCUGACUUGAUGCCGAAAGAGAAGAGGGGGAAAGCUGCAUCGAUUUGGUCUGUCGGCACCAUCCUCGGACCAACAACGGGACCCAUCAUUGGAGGCUAUAUCACGGAGGUCGCCGGCUGGAGAUGGAUGUUCUGGGCAAUCUCCAUCGUUAUUGCCGUUGUCAGCAUAUUUAUGUUUCUCGUAUUGAAGGAAACUUAUCCACCCGUCUUACUAGAGAGAAAAGCUGCCAGACUGCGUAAGGAGACGGGAAAUCCUAACUUCCGUUCGUCUCUCGCGCCAGACUAUACUCCGAGCGAGCUGUUCCGUCGAAGCAUUAUUCGGCCGCCAAAGCUGCUCUUUACUUGUCCGAUGAUCACGGUCGUAUGCACCUACGUCGCAACCCUCUACGGGACGCUUUACCUGCUCUAUGCGACGUAUUCUUUUGUUUUCACCGAGGUCUAUAACUUCUCAACGGUAGCUGAUGGCCUUGUAUUCCUUCCUGGAGGAAUCGGCACACUAUUAGGGGCUUAUUACAUCGGUACACUCAGCGAUAGAACAAUUAGAAAGCGCGUGGCUGAAGGGAAGACUCCAACGCCUGAGGAUCGGCUUGCCUUCAUAAUCACGGUUCCUGGGGGACUGACAUUUCCCGCUGGCCUAUUCAUUUAUGGCUGGUGCGUCGAAUAUCGUGUCCACUGGAUUGUCCCCCAGAUAGGCACAGCCAUCACCGGCUUCGGGUCAAUCCUGAUCUUCACGGGUAUCCAGACGUAUCUCAUUGAUACGUUUGAGCGAUACGCGGCCAGUGCUGUCGGAGCAAAUGCGGUACUGCGAUGCCUCUCUGGGGCAUUCUUACCGCUUAGCGGACUGAGCAUGUAUCACAGGCUAGGAUGGGGUUGGGGAAAUAGUCUUCUGGCAUUCCUUGCAUUGGCAUUGACUCCGAUCCCCUGGAUCUUGGCAGUACAUGGUGCCAAGAUUCGCAGCUUGCCAAUAAACAAAGUGGAUUUGUAG